AUGAAACCCCUCAUCACAGACAAUGACGUAUUGAAGAUGAAGGAAGAAGAAGGACGAAGGAGAGGAACUCCCAAUCGUGAAGCUCUCAGUCCUCAAGAAAGUGGAGCUGAGUUUGAAAGGAUACUCGAUGAUUGAGCCAUGGAGCAGCAAAGGCGAAGUGAAUGGCGAGCAGCUCGUUUGAGAAGUUUGGAUCAGGAACGAGCGGAAGCAGAUGCCAUCAUGGAUCGUUUACAACUCAUCUCAUUACCUGCUAUUGGUGAGGAUAUAUGUGUUCCUCCUUCGGAGAGGAUACUAAGUAACGACAUAUCAGUUGAAAGAAGUAUGGUUGUUGAUGCGGUGACUGGUGAACGUACAGUUACGGUUGUUGAGAAAAGUGUCACCAAAAGAGAGAUUGAUGUUGCACUUGCUGGUGGAGAAAUUGAUUAUGCCGACAAAUGA